CCCCUCACAUUUCCCUCACUCUCGCUCCCCAACCAGACACUUCGAGAAGAAACUCAGAGUCAUGGCUUCGUCAGCUCUGUCUGUUACUUUGGCCUCAAAAUCAACCAUUUUCCCAGACCGAAAAUCGAAUUUAGGAGACAUUAAACUCUCAGUUUCAGAUCUCCCAAUGCUGUCUUGUCAUUACAUCCAAAAAGGUUGUCUCUUCACGCGCCCUCCCGUUCCCUUCGACUCACUCGUUUCCCUUCUCAAACAAUCCCUUUCCAAAACGCUGUCGUUUUUCCCUCCUCUCGCCGGCCGUCUUUGCACCGACCGAAAAGGUUAUAUUUACGUUACUUGCAACGACGGCGGCGUUGAGUUCUACCACGCCUCGUGUGCAAGUUUGUUUAUCCGUGACGUCAUUGGUCCCCUCGAUGUUCCCAAGUUCGUUCAGAAGUUUUUCUGUUUCGACAGCACGGUUAGUUACCAAGGGCAAUUUAGACCAAUCAUGGCCGUCCAAGUCACUGAACUCGGUGAUGGAAUCUUCAUCGGAUGUUCUGUGAACCAUGCGGUGACUGACGGCACGUCGUUUUGGAAUUUCUUCAACACUUUCGCCGAAAUUUGCAGAAAAAUUAAUAAUAAUAAUCAGAGCAUUGAAAAAAUCGCAAGGCAACCGGUUUUUUUGCGAGACUCGGUUUUGAUUUCAUCGGCGAUUUUAAGAGUGCCAGAAGGUGGGCCCAAAGUUACGUUUAACGAAAACGAGAUAUUACGGGAGAGAAUCUUCAGUUUCAGCCGAGAAGCCAUUUUGGAACUCAAAGCCGAAGUCAACAAGAAGAAGGGGGAGAUUCUUAUUGACGGAAACUUUAACGCCGUUGAAAUUCUCGGGAAGCAAAGUAACGACAAGUACCAUAACGGUAACGGGAAGAAUUGGUUGUUCAAAACCUCGGCUUCGGUUUCAAAUACGGCGGAGAUUUCGUCGUUUCAGUCACUUUGCGCUCUUCUCUGGCGAGCGGUGACACGUGCGAGGAAGCUUUCGUCUUCCCAAACGACGACGUUCAGAAUGGCGGUGAAUUGCCGUCACAGGCUGAACCCGCAGCUGGAUCCUUUAUAUUUCGGGAACGCGAUUCAAAGCAUUCCAACGUACGCGUCAGCAGGUGACGUCACGUCACGUGAUCUACGCUGGUGUGCGGAGCAGUUAAACGAGAGCGUGAAGGCCCACAACGACGAAACGGUGCGGCGUUUUGUCAAGGAGUGGGAGAAGGAUCCGCGCUGUUUUCCGUUGGGCAACCUCGACGGCGCGUCGAUGACGAUGGGGAGCUCUCCGAGGUUUCCAAUGUACGAUAAUGAUUUUGGGUGGGGACGGCCGUUGGCGGUUAGGAGCGGUGGGGCCAAUAAAUUUGAUGGGAAGAUCUCCGCUUUUCCAGGGCGGGAGGGAAAUGGGAGCGUUGAUCUGGAAGUUGUUUUGGCGCCUGAAGCGAUGGCUGGGAUUGAAUCUGAUCUUGAGUUCAUGCAAUAUGUCUCCAGUUAAUUUUAACGGUCGUGAUGGUGAUUUGAGGAUUACGUGUUUUAAAUCAGACCGUUGAUGGACUCGGGAUGGCUGAGCCGGAGUUCGGGAUAGGGUGAUUUUUUUCUGUUUUGAACUUUUUAAUCAGUAAAUUUGAACUAAGUGUCCGAAAAUGCUGCUUUUUUUUUUUUUUUUUGUAUUUCUUUUAAAGAA